AGGCCUGAAUAAAUAACUAGUCCUCUGUCUUCGUCUUGAUCUUUCAAGAACCUUUGCCACCUAGAACGUUCUUCAUCUCUCUAAAAAAUCUUCCUUACACACAAUAGAAUUUUAAAGAACCUUCUGCACACAUCUAUAGAUCUCUUCUUACGUGUAUAUAUAUACACACACAUGCAAGCCUAUCUUCAAGGCAUGUGUCACAGCAUUAGUAAUCUCCGGUGACGACAUUCUCCUCUGUCAGAAUAUCAAAACAAGCAGACAACACAGCUCAAAACCAUCAAGAAGAGAGAAGAAGAAUGAAGGGGCGCUCACUUUCCAUUUCCAGCCUCCUGCGAGUCCUUCUGCUGGUCUCACCCUUCCUUGUUUCAACCGAUGGGUCCUUGUUACCAAUCAUUGAUCGUCCAGGCAGUCUGCUCUCCGAUCUUUGGCAGGACAACUUUCCCGAUCCAUUCCGAGUUCUUGAACAAAUCCCACUAGCUCUUGAAAGAGCAGAGAGCAGGGCACUUUCUCCGGCGAGAGUAGACUGGAAAGAGACACCGGAAAGUCAUGUGAUCAUGCUCGAUGUGCCGGGAUUAAAGAAGGAGGAGCUCAAGAUUGAGGUGGAUGAAAACAGGGUGCUGAGAGUGUGUGGAGAGAGGAAGAAGGAAGAAGAGAAGAAGGGAGAUCAAUGGCACAGAGUGGAGAGAUCAUAUGGAAAGUUCUGGCGGCAGUUUAGGCUGCCGGAAAAUGUGGACUUGGAUUCAGUCAAGGCCAAGCUUGAGAAUGGUGUCUUGACCUUGUCAUUACCUAAGCUGUCCCCUGACAAGAUCAAGGGUCCUAAGGUGGUCAGCAUUGCUGGGGGCGAGGAUGAACCUGCAAAGCUCAAUGUUGAGGAUGGCAAAACAAAAAAAGAACUUUGAAAUGCUUUUCUCCUCGGAGAAGUUUCUUUGAUAAUGUAGAUGAUGAGUCCUUUCUGAGUCAUACUAUGGUUGUUGAAUAAGGGUUUUACUGUAUCUUGUGUUUGGUUUUCUUGCCUCCUUUCUAUGUAAUACCUAAUGUAUUCCUCCCUGUUUUGUGAUAUAAUGUUAUCUCUAAAAACUCUUAUGCGAAUGCAAGUGUUCUUAAAAAAAA